GAAAAUUCCAGAAAACAUUGCUUCUAUGCAAACAAAUAAAGAAUUAUCCUUCAAAGUUCACAUUACUUAUUGUGGUGGAUGAGGAUACAAACCAUAAUAUAACCUUGCUGCUUCUUAUAUAAAAUAAUUAUAUCCAAAAGUCUAAGCAUCUGGCAAAGCAAGCGAAAAAGUUACAGGUGAAAUGGAAAUAACAGUCACCAAAAAUGAUGGAACUUCUUUAGUAGUUCAUUCUAAAUUGAAUGGUGAUGGACCUUUCAAUAACUAAUCAGCUUAAAAAGCAUUAGAAAAGUUGGUUGCAUUUGUUGAGAAAUGAAAAAUCAAAUAUAAAAGAUAAUAAAUAAAAAGAAAUGAUCAAAAUAAAAAUGAAGAGAU